CAGCCUUAUGUUCCUGGGCGAUGUGAUCAAGUGCUGAAAUGGAAACCUCAUCAUAUGAAUUCCGUGGAUUUUCGAUUGAUGAUCCAACAAACGAAAGGAGAAGGACAGCUGCCGGAGACCAAAGGGUUUUUGUACGUUGGAAGUUACGAGAGGCCCUUUGGCCAGAUCAAGAUCACGAAACAGCUGAGGAAAAUGCACAACAGAAUCAUCGAGUGCAAUUACGACGGGGCGACAAGUCAGUGGCUUUUCAUGCGGGAACGAACUGACAAGAGCUUUCCCAAUGGAUAUAAUACCGCCAUGGCUGUGUGCAACUCGAUACAACGUCCAGUGACGCAAGAAUUCCUCUUGGACUUCAUCAAGGAGCGAGGAUUCAAAACGAUGCCUCCUCCGCCACCGCCUGUGGCUAGGGCACCAAAGCGCCCUCAUCCUCCUGAUGAAGACCGGGACUAA